AGCUGAAGAAAGCUACAAAGUCUAAUGGAACUGCGAAGAGCAGAGAAUACAAACGUGUACCUUUAAGAGAAAAAGAAAACAGGAAGUCGCUCCGAGCCUGCAAGAGAAGUGUGAAACUUUGCUGAUCGCUGUCCUCACCGGGCACCUCCGCGAUUCAGCUAAUUAGGAAGCCAUUCUUAUUCUGAUCAUGCAAAGCACUCCAAACUAUCUCUGGAAGGUGGAUGAUGUGCUGGGACAAGGUGCUACUGCCAGUGUGUACAAAGCCCGUAAUAAGAAAUCAGGAGAUCCUGUUGCCGUCAAAGUGUUCAACAAUGUCAGUUACCUCCGUCCCCAAGAAGUGCAGAUAAGAGAGUUUGAAGUGCUGAGGAAGUUAAACCACCAGAACAUUGUCAAACUCUUUGCUGUGGAAGAGAUUGAAAGCAGCAAACAGAAGGUGCUGGUGAUGGAGUACUGCUCAGGCGGGAGCCUGCUGAGCCUGCUAGAAGAACCAGAAAAUGCUUUUGGUUUGUCGGAAUCAGAGUUUCUCAUAGUGUUGCGUUGUGUAGUAUCUGGAAUGAACCAUCUUCGUGAGAAUGGGGUUGUUCACAGAGAUAUCAAACCAGGAAACAUAAUGCGGCUGACUGGAGAAGAUGGACAGAGUAUCUACAAACUGACAGAUUUCGGGGCUGCCCGAGAACUGGAUGAUGAUGAAAAGUUUGAAUCAGUUUAUGGAACAGAAGAAUACCUUCACCCUGACAUGUAUAAACGAGCAGUGCUGAAGAAGCCCCAACAAAAAGCUUAUGGAGUGACUGUGGAUCUGUGGAGUAUUGGGGUAACUUUUUAUCAUGCGGCCACAGGCAGCCUCCCAUUCAUCCCUUUUGGAGGACCUCGCAAGAACAAGGAAAUUAUGUACAAAAUAACGACAGAGAAACCUACUGGAGCUAUAGCAGGUGUCCAAGAACAAGAGAAUGGAGCCAUUAUAUGGACCUAUGAGCUGCCAAUCACAUGCCGGAUUUCUCUUGGCCUGAAAAGACAGCUUGUCCCCAUCCUUGCGAACAUCCUAGAGGCUGAUCAAGAAGAAUGCUGGGGAUUUGAUCAGUUUUUUGCUGAAACCAAUGACAUCUUACAGAGGACAAUAAUCCAUGUCUUUUCUUUGUCACACGCUGUCAUGCACCGAGUCUACAUCCAUUCCUAUAAUACAGCUGCAAUAUUUUUAGAAGAGGUCUGUAGGCAAACAAACAUAGCUCCCCGUCACCAGGAGUAUUUCUUUGAGGGUCACUCGUAUGAACUGGAGCCCAACCUACAAGCUCAUAAUUUCCACAAGACCUCAAAAGACUACCCUCUGAUCUUGGUGAGCAAAGAACAGGAGGAUCCAGUUGGGCUGCGGUACCGAGAUCCAGCUUUGGAGUUCCCCAAGUUCCUCCCAAAGAUUGAUGUCAUAGCGGAUUGUAGCACAGCAAAGGAUGUCCUGAGUGCAACUUACCAGACAUUGAGGAUAUCUCAGUCAUUUCUGCAAUGUCAAGAACUUAUGCUUAGAGGGCUAUAUUGGCUGAGUGAGACCCUGAAAGUGCUGUGGCAGCGGAUGUUGGAGAAGAGACAAGCUCUGGUGGUAACCCUUGGUUGCUUGCAACAACAAGAAGGGAAGGCUCUGUUGUUGUAUGAGACUAUUGCUGGAGACGGUGAAAUUCUAGAGGUAAAAGCUCGGAGUGACCUUCAAGCAAGACUCCAAGCUGUCAGUGAAGAGCUCUCCAAAUACAACCAGAGCAUCUCUGAGUACCAAGCAGUUGCUCGAUGUAUUUGUCACGAUGUGGGAAAGAAACAGAGCCAAAUGAAAGAAGAUAGAAGCAUUCAAAAGAUAGAGGCCUGCCUCGACAAAAUGCAGCUCAUCUACAGUCAGUUCAAGAAGACCCGGAAAUGCCCACGUCUAGGCUACAAUGAGCAACAGAUCCACAAGCUGGACAAGGUGAAUUUAGGACAUUUAGCCAAAAAGGUUAUUUCAGUUUUCCAGGAUAACUGUGUACAGCUAUACCAAGCUGCUAUUUCAGGACAUGGAACUAGAAUGAGGAAAGCUUUUGAGAUGAGGAAGCAUUUGAAGAAACUGAACAGAUCUUUAACUACUUGCAGUGCAGAGAUGUCGGGAUGCCAGGAUUGCCUUUAUAAAGCUUUGGAUGACUUACCACAGAAAAUACUACAAAGAAAAAUGACACCAUCUGCCCCUACACAAAUGUACCUAAAUCAGAAACAUCAAGAUAUAGUGUUUGGGAUGCAAGAACUUCAGGACCAGAUGAAAGUAGUAGCUCACAAUCUGCAGCUGAACAACAACAUCAUCCAGCGGUUAAAUGGUGUUUCACCAGAUUUGUAGGGGAGAAAAUAGGGUGCGGAGCCUGAAACAAAAUUAUAGUGGGCAAUUUGGUGCCAUCUUAUGGAGAACAAGCCGUCUUAAAGAUCCCAGUAUGUUCUAGUUCUCUAGCACUUCGGUAUGGCUUCGAGCCAUUGGUGCAGCAAAUACCUUGAUGACAUGUUUAUAUAUAUUUAAGAGAGAAUGAAAAUGGUGUGUGUGUGUCGAAGGAAUUGUAUUUCUAUCUCCUGCUUCUAAAUGGGCUCAAUGGCAGUGAGCUCAUUUAUAAGCAGGUGAAUGGUGGUAGAGUAUAAGACAUUGGAUAGUGUUGCCUCUUCGUCAAUCUGGCUCUGGAACUCACUGGAACAAGUUAUCCAUUCCCUGAUAUGUAUCCUUUGUAUUAGAGAGUCUGCUUCUGGUAUUAGUGCAGUUCUUGACUUGUCUGGUGCAACCUGGCCUUCUGCUCCUUAGCCACUGUUUUUCAGUACUAGCAAGUGAAGUUAGACCAUUGUUCAUUAUGGGCACAUAUUAUUGUAUUGUAUUGUCAUCCCUUAUCAUAUGGUAGGUUUUGAAAUAAUUUAAAUCUAGCUCAGUGCAAUACAAAUAAAGCAAUUAAAUUCUUAAAAUACUUUUUAAAAAAUGAAAACAUGGAUUAAACCCAAUUAAAUAGAUGGAAUUAAAAUGUUUCGCUCCUUGACUUAAAAAAAAAAUCAAGGUGCAAACUUCCCUUAAGAAACCUCCAGAAUCCAGAUGUGGACACUGAGUCUUUUUGUCAAGUAUGCCACUGAGAAGACAGGGCAGGGUUCUGAUGGUGCUCACAACUGAGUGGCAGUUGCAUGUGGAUGUAAACUGUCCUUCAGGUACACUGGGCCCAAGCCCUCUCUCCAUAUUCACCUACCUGUGGUAAUGGAUGAUGUUUUGCUGCUGUAUAAUACUCAGGAACACCAAAACUGGGAACAGAUAAGCUAACACUUUGCUGAUGUUUGAGCUACAUGUAGUGGACAGCAGCUUGUGUAGUCUUAAAUUCUAGUCCACACUGAGGUGUGGACUAGUGGAUUACCUUCAGCCAGUCACUUACGCUCUCAGUUUCAUGGAUUGUUUUCCCAAGGCUUUCAAAAGUUGCUUUUGGAUCUGGAGACAAUAAGCACAGCAAAGAGGGAAAGUAAAACCUUUAUGAAAGAGACAGUAGAACAGAAAAACAUGAAUUGUAAAGAAGCAGAGUACAUAAAAAGACUAGCCCUAUGUCCCUUUGCAUACCAGAAGCUUCUGGAACAUGGAGAGUGGGCAGCCCCAAGAAUCAAUAAGUCCACAGCACCUUCUUGGGAAAUCGGCCUAUGCUGAGACUCACUGAAGAGAGACACCUGGGCUUCAGGCAGCAUAACAGUUAAUUACACCUGUUCAUUCCUUAUAUUAAUGUUCAGCCAUCUUUCCCUAUGUUUACAUCUCGUCAAUUGGCAAAAUGAUAACAAAGCAUCUCACUAAUGGGCAAAAUGAUAACAGAACCAAAUAUCUAAGAAUAAACACAUUCUAGAUAUUGGAUACUCUUAUCACCAGGUGGCUAAUCUUGAGCUUCUGCCAAGAACAUCUUGUAAACACACAUUCCUAGGCCAUACUUUCCUAAGCAGCCUUUUACUAUAUAGAUAACAGAGGUCUGGGAAGAGAGUGAAGCUGUGCCGAAAUAAAAAAAGAAGUAAAGAAAUAAAAAGGAGAGCUAGUCUCUAACAGAAGCCUAAGUCUGGGCAUAGAGGGACCAUUGAUACAUAGCAUUAACCCUCCUCACUAUGACAAAGGUCUUUCUCAAUGACACUACACCUACCUCAUAGGUUUGUGGUGAGGAUAAAAACCUCAUUAGAAGAAAAAUGUGGUAUAUACAUAACUAAUAAAUAAUCCCAUAAAUCUCCCCCCUCUCCCCAUGAUUGUUAAGCCAAAACUCAUUACAAAUAUGCAGUUUGUCUUGUUUCCAUCCCAUGGACCAAUACACUGUAAUAAAAACAUGAAGCAAUGCCAGCUUUGACUGAUGUACAUUCUCUUAAUUAUAAUAUGCUUCCAAAAAAUUGA